AUGUCAAAAGCCAUCAAAGAGGAGGUGGACAAGCAACUCGGUAUCAACUUUGUAAGAGAGGUACACUACCCCAAAUGGCCAUCUAAUGUGGUCGUGGUUAGAAAAGCUAAUGGGAAACUACGCAUAUGCAUUGACUUCGUACAUAUCAACAAGGCCUUCCCCAAAGAUAGCUUUCCUUUGCCAAGGAUUGAUCACCUCGUCAAUGCCACCACAAGGUACGAGCUAUUAAGCUUCAUGGACGCUUUCUCUGGCUACAACCAGAUAAAGAAGCAUUUGAUCGACGAGGAAAAGACUUCAUUCAUCAUUGAGCACAGCACCUACUACUACAAGGUGAUGCCUUUUGGACUAAAUAAUGUCGAGGCCGCUUACCAAAGACAGGUGAACGAGAUUUUUAGAGAUCAAAUAAGGAGGAACAUUGAGGCCUACGUUGGUCACAUGGUUGUGAAGAGUCUUAGGGCUAUUCAACACACCUCAAACAUUGGCAAGACAUUUGGGGUACUAAGAAAGUACAACAUGAAGCUGAACCCCACCAAAUUCACCUUUGGGGUACCUCGGGAAAAUUCUUGGGUUUUGUAG